UGUAUAAAAAGGCUGAAAAGGACGCCAACGGUCUCCACAAACUAAGGGCAACUGGUUUGCGGGGAACUUUCCGCUUAUAGCUCCGCAAAGGCAAAGGGUGAUGGCUCCUACCCUCCGAGUGGCUCUGUGCCUUGGCAUGCUGGCUUUGUGCCUAGCACUGCCUAAAGGAAAAGAUAUCCGCUGGUGUGUAAAAUCAGAAAAUGAACGGAAAAAGUGUGAAAAUUUGGUUAAAACGUGUAAGAUUCCAGAGCUCUCUCUCCAAUGCGUGCAAAAAAGCAGCGUUGAAGAAUGUUUUGAAAACAUUAAAAAUGGAGAUGCAGACGCUAUCUGCGUGGAUGGUGGGGAUGUCCACAAAGGAUCUCUGAAACCUUAUGAUCUGAAACCCAUCGUUGCUGAAAACUAUGGUUCUGAAGAACAAGACACCUGUUACUAUGCAGUAGCAGUGGUGAAACGUACAAGUUCGUUCAUGUUUAAAGACCUUAAAGAUAAGAGAUCUUGCCAUACCGGAGUAGGAAAGAGCGCAGGCUGGAAUAUCCCUAUCGGAACACUCCUCGAGCGUGGACUCUUGGAAUGGGAAGGACCAGACAUAGAGUCUAUUGAGAAAGCUGUUUCAAGAUACUUCAAGUCCAGCUGUGCUCCCGGAGCUAAAGAACCAAAGUUAUGCGAUCAGUGUGUGGGAAAAGACAAGAAUAAGUGUGCACGUAACAGUAAUGAACCUUUUUACAACUAUGAUGGAGCCUUCAAAUGUUUGCAACAAGAUAAGGGAGACGUCGCCUUUGUGAAGCAGUCAACUGUACCAGUUAAAUUUGCAAAUGAUUACGAGUUAUUAUGUCCUGACAACACCAGGAAACCUAUUAAAGACUAUAAGUCCUGCAACUUGGCAAGAGUUCCGGCACAUGCUGUGAUGGCAAGAGACAAUGAUCCAAAGACUCCAGAUAUCAUUGAAUACUUAAAGCAAGCUCAGGAUAAAAAGUGCAAACUGUUUGCCUCCAACUUUGGAAAGGACCUAAUGUUCAAAGACUCAGCAGUUAGCCUGGUACCUCUGCCACCAAUGGAUUCUUUCAUGUAUCUUGGAGCUUCCUAUUACAAUGCUCUCCAGGCUCUAAGACAUGACACUCCUCCUGUAGUGCCAAACCAGAUCCGUUGGUGCACGCAAAGUGAAGCGGAGAAGGACAAGUGUGAUACAUGGACAACUGUAAGCGGUGGGGCCAUUGAGUGCGCUCAAGGUUUCUCCGCUGAAAACUGUAUUGAAAAGAUUCUGAGGGGCGAGGCUGAUGCAGUGACAGUUGAUGGAGGAUACAUGUACACCGCUGGGGAAUGUGGACUAGUUCCUGUGAUGAGCGAAUAUUAUGAUAAAGCCAACAUGAGACCAUGCCAAAUCAGCAAACCACAGAAAAGAGGCACAUACUUUGCAGUAGCCGUGGUAAAGAAAAGCAACAAAAACAUCUCAUGGUUGAAUCUUAAGGGCAAGAAGACCUGUCACACCGCUGUGGGCCGCACUGCAGGAUGGAACGUCCCUGUUGGCCUGAUUGUUAAUAAAACCGGCAAUUGUGACAUGAGCACAUUCUUUAGUCAGAGCUGUGCUCCAGGAUCUGAUGUCGAUUCAAAGCUUUGCCAAUUGUGCAUUGGUAAUCCCAAAAAUUCCCUGGAAAAAUCAAAAUGCCUUCCUAAUGACAAAGAAGCCUAUUAUGGAUAUGCAGGUGCAUUCAGGUGUCUGGUGGAGAAAGGAGACGUGGGUUUUGUAAAGCACUUUACUGUAUUUGAAAACACAGAUGGUAAGUGACAAUAGAUUGAAAUACCCACAGAAAACAUGGUGUGAUUUAAUUUUUUAAUAUAUUCUCCAUCAUUACCCCAAGCCUACAUGAAGCAAGCACCCGUGUUCUCCCUAAUUCCAUUCCCGUUUAUUGAGUACUUACUGCAUCUAAAAACAAGUAGAUCAGUUAUACAAUCACAAGCUGGAUUGAUAGCUAUUAUCUGUCCUGGCGUUCUCUGGACUACCAAUCUCACUAGCUGCUAUCAAAAUGUAAGGAGAGGGCCAACAAAGGAGAUCAGUUGCUUCCCCCAAAACAUUGAAAAUCACUACUAAAGCUUUUUGAUUCAUUUUACUUGAAAUUUCACCUAUAGUAAGCAGAGAGUCUUGUGCAGAAUUUACAUGAUGACUGUAUCCUUUCUAUGCUUCUCGUUCUGUAUAUGUGUUUUGGACAGGACUGGCUAGUGCACAUUGAGAAUGUUGUCUGUCGCUUUAUGGAAUUAUAUAUUACUGUACAAUUUUCCCCAUGUCCUGAAUGUUGUCAGAGCUCCCCUGCUGAGGAUGCAUGAGUACGGGCGUGAGAUAGAUUGCUAAAACUAUAUCCCACUUUCUAGGUAAAAAUCCUGCAGAUUGGGCAAAGAA